GCGGUGACAUCAUGGAAACCUGCGCUACACGUGUCGCCUUAUUGGCUCCCCCUGCAGACCGGCUCCUUGGGAACGUCCGCUGCCGCUGGGGUCGCCAUGGAGACGGAACAUUGUUAGGCUCGAGCUGAAGCGCAUCUAGGAGACCAGAAACAGAGAGACGGUGAGCGGCCCGAACACAGCGCACAGCAACCAUGAGCCAGCGGCAAGUCCUGCAAGUUUUCGAGCAGUAUCAGAGGGCACGGACCCAGUUUGUUCAAACAGUCGCAGAGCUCGCCACAAGACCUCAAAACAUUGAGACUCUUCAGAAUGCAGGCGUUAUGUCUUUGCUGCGGCCCCUUCUUCUGGAUGUGGUCCCAACUAUCCAGCAGACCUCUGCUCUGGCUCUCGGGAGGCUAGCCAAUUAUAAUGAAGAUCUGGCAGAAGCAGUUGUUAAAGGAGACAUUCUUCCACAGCUUGUGUAUUCACUGGCCGAACAGAAUCGCUUCUAUAAGAAAGCUGCAGCAUUUGUGCUCCGGGCAGUUGCCAAGCAUUCUCCUCAGUUAGCUCAGUCAGUCGUGGAUUGUGGAGCCGUGGACACGCUGGUGAUUUGCUUAGAAGACUUUGACCCUGGUGUAAAAGAAGCCGCGGCCUGGGCUUUGGGAUGUGUUGCACGGCAUAAUGCAGAAUUGUCACAAGCUGUGGUGGAUUCAGGAGCUGUUCCCCUGCUAGUGCUGUGUAUCCAGGAGCCAGAAAUCGCUCUGAAAAGGAUUGCUGCUUCAGCCCUGAGUGAUCUAUCAAAGCAUUCUCCGGAGCUGGCUCAGACCGUGGUGGAUGCGGGAGCUAUUGCCCACUUAGCCCAGAUGAUUCUCAAUCCGGAUGCCAAACUCAAGCGACAGGUGCUGUCCGCUCUCAGUCAAAUAGCGAAGCAUUCAGUAGAUCUGGCAGAAAUGGUCGUUGAGGCUGAGAUCUUCCCCGUCGUCCUGACAUGCCUGAAGGACCCCGACGAAUACGUCAAAAAAAAUUCAGCCACUCUAAUCCGAGAAAUUGCCCGACACACACCCGAGCUGUCGCAGCUCAUAGUAAAUGCAGGAGGAGUGGCUGCCGUCAUAGACUACAUUGGGAACUGCAGGGGUAAUGUGAGACUUCCCGGGAUCAUGAUGCUGGGUUAUGUAGCCGCUCAUUCUGAGAACCUUGCAAUGGCUGUCAUCAUCUCAAAGGGGGUCCCUCAAUUAGCCAUCUGCCUGUCAGAGGAAGCUGAGGAUCACAUCAAGGCAGCUGCUGCCUGGUCCCUGGGCCAGAUUGGGAGACACACUCCAGAGCACGCACGUGCUGUAGCCGAAGCAAACGUUUUCCCAAAGCUGCUGUCUUGUUACAUGGACACCGAAAGCUCAGAGGACCUUCAAGUCAAGGCAAAAAAAGCCUUAAAAAGCAUCCUUCAAAAAUGCACCCAUCUUCCAGCCCUUGAGCCUCUCCUCCAUGAUGCUCCACCAAACAUCCUGAAACAUGUGGUUGGCCAGUUCAGUAAGGUUCUUCCACAUGACAGCAAGGCACGGCGGCUCUUUGUAACAAGUGGCGGACUUAAAAAAAUUCAAGAGAUCUCGGCGGACCCUGGCUCACCUCUUCAAGAGUACAUCAGCACUAUCAAUAAUUGUUACCCCGAGGAGAUUGUCAGGUACUAUUCCCCUGGAUAUUCUCAGGCACUUCUGGAGAGGGUCGACCAUUACCAACCUAUCCUUUCCUAAAUUUGCAAAAU